CAGGAGAGGCCCGCGUGGAGGAGGAGCGAGGGACUGCUCCGAGAAGCCCCGACUGGGGGCCAUGGGGGGACAGGUGAGGUUACCGCCUGGAGAGCCCUGCCAAGAGGGCUACCUGCUGUCUCUGCUCUGCCCCAACUCCUCCCAGGCCUGGUGUGAGAUCACAAACGUGUCACAGCCCCUGGCUUUUCCUGUCCUCCACAGGGACCUGAAUUCCAGCGUAAGCAACUGGAGCAUUUCUGCGAAAGUCGAAAACAAAUACAGUCUGUAUGUGGGCCUGUUGCUGGCAGUCAGUUCCAGUAUUUUUAUCGGCUCCAGCUUCAUAUUGAAAAAGAAGGGCCUCUUGCAACUGGCCAAGAAGGGCGUUACCAGAGCUGGACAAGGUGGUCAUUCUUACCUCAAGGAAUGGCUCUGGUGGGCAGGAUUACUCUCAAUGGGAGCCGGAGAAGCAGCCAAUUUUGCAGCUUAUGCUUUUGCACCUGCCACCUUGGUCACCCCGCUGGGUGCUCUGAGUGUUCUCAUAAGUGCAAUAUUGUCUUCCUACUUUUUAAACGAGCACUUGAACAUUCAUGGGAAAAUAGGCUGCAUAUUAAGUAUAUUGGGGUCAACUAUGAUGGUUAUCCACGCCCCACAAGAAGAGGAAGUCACUUCUUUGCAUGAAAUGGAAAUGAAAUUGAGAGACCCAGGAUUUAUCUCCUUUGCUGUGAUCAUAACUGUGAUCUCGUUGGUGCUGAUUUUGAUCGUGGCUCCCAAGAAGGGACAGACCAAUAUAUUGGUCUACAUUUCAAUCUGUUCAUUAAUUGGAGCAUUUUCAGUUUCUUCUGUCAAGGGCCUGGGAAUUGCCAUUAAGGAACUAUUGGAAUGGAAACCAGUUUACAAGCACCCCCUGGUCUUCGUUUUGCUGGCUGUACUUGCGCUCUCAGUGACAACCCAGAUUAACUAUCUCAACAAGGCACUGGACACCUUUAAUACAUCUCUUGUGACUCCCAUUUAUUAUGUGUUCUUCACAUCCAUGGUAGUAACUUGCUCCGCCAUCUUAUUCCAAGAAUGGUACGGCAUGAAAGCUGGAGAUAUCAUCGGGACCCUGAGUGGGUUCUUCACCAUUAUCAAUGGCAUCUUCCUUCUACAUGCGUUUAAGCACACUGACAUUACCUGGAGUGACCUGACAUCCACUACUCAGAAAGAAGUCCUCUCUCUGAAUGGUGGGGAAGACAAAUAUGUCUUACUAGAGAACACAGAGUGUUCAACCCCAGGAUUCAGUGAUGACAUUACCUUGUUUAGCAGGACUGAUGAUCAAAGUCUCUAGAAACCCUGAACUUAAACCACAUAAGACACUUGGAGAGGAUAAGAAAGGCCUGAUUUUUUUGAAGAACUGUUAGG